GUUUCCCAAUGCCGAGCGAGGGAAGGCGGGGACAUCGGUGCGUCUCCUUCGGUAGCGCGAGUUGUCGUGUUCUGCCGGAAUAGUUUACUGGGUGAGCGUAUGUGUCGGUUUUUUUUUGUAAAUUUUUAAGUAUGACCGAAAGCUCAGCGAACAAGCCGGCAAACGGGGACGCUUGUCACAGGGCUUCGAGCGCUAAGAAACCGGGGAGGAACGGCUACGUGAAGAGCGCGCACCUCAUCCAGCAGAAGCACUGCCACGCCAAGGAGAAGAGUCACCAUGUCGUCACCUGCAACGGAGGUCUAUACAGCAGGCCGUUCGAUGAGUCCUUUGAGGAGACACCCAUGCUGGUGGCCGUCCUCACCUACAUGGGCUAUGGCAUCCUUACCCUCUUCGGGUACCUGAGGGACUUUCUGAGGGAGUGGAAGAUCGAGAAGUGCCACAUCGCCCGAGAGAGGGAGGAGCAAAGGGAUUUUGUCCCGCUCUAUCAGGACUUUGAGAACUUCUACACCAGGAACCUGUACAUGCGAAUCAGGGACAGCUGGAACAGGCCUAUUUGCAGUGUUCCAGGGGCCAGGAUGGACCUGGUAGAGCGGCUCUCUCAUGACUACAACUGGACCUUUCAGCACAUGGGCAAAGUGAUUAAAGACGUCAUCAACAUGGGCUCGUACAACUACCUGGGAUUUGCUGAGAACUCGGGGGCGUGUCUCGAGGCCGCCGCCAAGGCCACCGCGGAGUACGGUGUUGGCGUCAGCAGCACCCGGCAAGAAAUGGGAAACUUGGACAAACACGAAGAGCUGGAGAAGCUGGUGGCCAGGUUCCUGGGUGUGGAGGCCACCAUGGCCUUCGGAAUGGGCUUUGCGACCAACUCCAUGAACAUUCCAGCUCUCGCCGGCAAGGGCUGUCUGAUCCUGAGUGAUGAGCUGAACCACGCCUCCCUGGUUCUGGGGGCCAGGCUGUCGGGCUCCACCAUUCGUGUCUUCAAGCACAACAACAUGCAGAGUCUGGAGAAGCUGCUGCGAGACGCCAUCGUCCACGGCCAGCCCAGAACCCACCGGCCAUGGAAGAAGAUCCUCAUCGUGGUGGAGGGCAUCUACAGCAUGGAGGGCUCCAUCGUGCGUCUACCAGAAGUCAUCGCUUUGAAGAAGAAGUACAAAGCCUACCUAUAUCUGGACGAGGCCCACAGCAUCGGGGCCCUCGGCCCCCAUGGGAGAGGCGUGAUCGACUACUUCGGUCUGGAUCCCCGUGAUGUCGACAUCUUGAUGGGAACGUUCACCAAGAGCUUUGGAGCCGCCGGGGGCUACAUCGGCGGGAAGAAGGAGCUGAUAGAUUACCUCCGCACACACUCUCACAGUGCUGUCUACGCCACCUCAAUGUCGCCCCCAGUGGUGGAACAGAUCAUCACUUCUAUGAAGUGCAUCAUGGGAGAAGAUGGGACCACAGUGGGCCAGGAGCGCAUCCAGAGGCUCGCCGACAACACAACGUACUUCCGCAGGAAGCUCCGGGAAAUGGGUUUCAUCAUAUAUGGGAAUAACGACUCGCCCGUCGUCCCCGUCAUGCUCUACAUGCCGGCCAAGAUUGGGGCCUUCAGCCGCGAGAUGCUGAAGAGGAACAUCGGAGUGGUUGUGGUGGGCUUCCCGGCCACGCCCAUAAUCGAAUCGCGGGCUCGCUUCUGCGUGUCCGCCGCCCACACGCGCGACAUGCUGGACGUGGCGCUGAGCACAAUCAGCGAAGUCGGAGACCUUCUGCAGUUGAAGUACUCCAGACACAGGGCCCUGCUGACGGCAGACUGGUCCUCAGACGACACCUCAUACGAUGGGAUUGAAAACUGAGCCCCUCCCCCUUCUAAACGGGGCGUUUCCCUGCAGUGCCCUGGAGGAAUAGGAACGAUGUAGAACCACUCACUGUUUUAUACCCUAACCCUAACACACACACAUACACACACACGGCUUGUAAAGGUGAGGCAGGGACAACAGAAGUCUGUUUUAUCCUUCUCAUUUUAUAAUCACGGGGAUCCAUUUCCGUAACUUAUUGUGUCCUUUGGAAAGCACUUGAAGGACCCUGUUAAUGACCAGAAGUUAAAAUUCACCUGUUUAUCACUUCUGCUGUGUUUUGUGCAAAUGUAAUAUCUUGAAACCUCUUUGGCUUAAAAAUACAAAAACUAAAAUAAUGACAUCCAGUUGAAUAUAACCAUUUUUGCAAAUACACAGCAUCAGUACACAGACAAAAUAACCCGCUAUAAUAUUUGAAGGAAUGUUUCCCGGAAAACCCCUUUUCCAUGUUUUAUUUUGGGUUUUUCCAUUCAAACUUUUAAAAUCUUUGUUUUAGUCAUGAUCUGCAUCUUAACUUGCCAGUCAAAAUGUUGGUCUAGUCAAACUAUUUUCUGAUGUUAGGGGAUAGCAAACAGAGCGUGACAUCAAGAUGGGCUUACAAGGGCCGUUCCUGACCGAGAUUUGUGCAUAACCAUGCAUGACUAUCAGAGAGGCCUUCAGCAUGUUCUAAAACUAUGGUCAGUGUAAUUAGAUGACUUUUCUGGCCCUAAUAAGGGCUAAGUGCAAUCUCUCCGAUCAACACAAGAGUUUUCUCUUUGGUCACACAGUGCUUUCUUUGUCUUAAUGUUCUAGAUUGUUGCUUUUUUCUCCCCCCCCCCCCCCCCCCCCCCUUUUCACUUGCACUCAAAACGUCAGAUGCAUAUCUGCACCGUUGCCCUUACCAAAAGGCCGUACAUUUUUAUUAUUAUUAUUAUUAUUAGUACUGUCUGCCUCAAUAACUGAAGGAAUGUAUAUCAAUUAGCAUUGAUAUUCCAUCUGCCUUUUUGUGAUUGUAUUUUACCCACAGAUAAUACUUGUACAUAAUUAUUUAUUAUUCUUUUAUUCGUUCUAUAUUCUUUUUUUUGUUUUUUUUUUUUGUUUUUUUAUCCUUCCGGGCGAGAAACGUCUCAAAGAGGCAGCUCCUGAUUCCUUUUUAAAACCGGCUGCAUGUCCAGGCAGUGCAUGACCUCAGUGGACAGUGCAAGUACUACUGACAAGUGUCAUUUCGGCGUUGGCGCUUCUUAAGAAUAAAAUGCAUGUAUGAUGUAGUUACUGACGCCGCUGAGUCACGGUGACUCGGUGCUGAAAAACCGAGUCCUGCACAUCGCCGUUUCCGCAAUCCGUCUUAAUAGCUGACACCUGAAUGCAUUCCGUGAUUAGCUUCUUAAUCGCCACUUUCGAAAUACAGUCGUCUGAUUUUCUGGUUUUGUAAAGCGGACCUAUCGAAGCGUCCUUCGCAUCUUAUUGUAAAUUGUGUCGGUAGUGACAAGAGAAGCCAUCAAAAGGUUUAUAAAUCUGUAUAUCAUAUAAUAUGGGAUAUAUACGUAUAUAAUAUGCUGCAGUUUUAAAUUCAAACCUCGCGGAGAAUCUAAAAUAAACUGAAAAACGUAUAUCUGAACAUUAAGAUAUAUCACGUAUGAAUGAUAUUAGUCAUUCCAUUCUCCCCUCUUCACGUGCUCUGUUUUUUUUUAUCAAAUAGCUGUUCUGGGUUUUGUGUAAAUGAUUUUUAAUUAUUUCGUUUUUACAUAUAUUUACGCUCAGACAAAUACCACGCUGAUGACACAUUCAACACGACCAUGAUCAAGCAGAGUGAAUACAGGCGAAGCCCUGCAGUGUGACUCGAGGUGUGGUUAUUGGACUGAAAUAUACCUGUAUUUCUUCUAAUAUUACAUUGGAAUUGCUACCAGUAAUGCAAACGAAGGGCGUACUUUUUGUGUGGAAAGUAUGCACUGGUUAAUCCACUGUUUGUAAUGUUUCAGUUCCAAGAAAAUAAAUAAUAAUGACCAAA